AUGAGCUCCAGAGGCUUAGCUCUGGCACCUCCAGCGAAGAACGUGGUGGUGUAUCGCAAUGGUGACCCCUUUUUCCACGGGAAGAAGUUUGUGGUGAACCAGCGGCGGUUCCUGACCUUUGAGGCGUUUCUGAAGGAGGUGACCAGGAGCAUUCAUGCGCCCCUGGCUGUGAGGAAUCUCUACACCCCCAGGCACGGCCACCGCAUCACUGAGCUGGGGGACCUGCAGGACGGGUGCCAGUACGUGGCUGCGGGGUUUGAAAAGUUCAAAAGGCUCAACUAUUUAAACCAGGGAAGGAAGGAGCUCCGAGGGACAAGUAACAGCAGCGGUGUGCAGUCCCACACCGUAGCUCCCUGGAAGUCAAACAUCGCAACACGACGGCAGAAGCACACCCACCUUACAAUCCAUGUUUUCCGGAAUGGGGAUUUGCUGAGCCCUCCUUUCCGACUGCUGUUCUCUCAGAGCGCCCCGCUGCAGUGGGACACGCUCCUGGCUAUGCUGACAGCGAAAGCUGAUCUGCGCAGUGGAGCUGUUAACAGGCUCUGCAGGCUGGAUGGCACGCAGGUGUUUGGUGAGGAGGAGCUGGUGAAUGACGGUUACUACGUGGCUGUGGGGACUGAGGAGUACAAAAAACUGCCUUACUUUGAGCUUCUGGUGCCCCAGGAUUCUGCAUGCAGGACACCACGGAACCAUCCAGAUAGACGCAAAAAGUACAGCAGAAAGUUUAGCAAGCGUGAUGCCACCUCCCAGGGCAGUGCUGCUGCCUCUGCUCUUGCUGAACCACCCCAACAGCUGGACAGUUGCAGGGUGCAGACCCCAGGAGCUGCAGAGACCGACAGGAGCCCGGUUGCUUUUCCACCACUGCACAGGCAAGUCAGGAGGUCUCACCUCAGGGAGGAAGAGCCCAUUUUCCAUGCUAAACCUGUCCGUGCAGGACAGAACAGGAGGAGUUACAGGAGUGUGCAGCACUGGCCUCAUCAAGAAGAAAGUGUCUAUAAAGCCAAAGAUCCUAGGAAGGAGAUGCAAGGUGCUUGGGGAGUAAGAGAGCACGAACACACAAGGGUGGAGGCACCCACUGAUCAGGCGAGGACUGCAGGCACAGCACAAAAGCCCGCGGCAGGGAAAAGGGAGGGCAGCGCUUCUGAGGGUGAGGAUCGCUGAAUGAUGUCUUCCCUUGGCAGCAAUCCUGCUCUGAAGAGCUCGCAGAGGGACCGCGAUGGGAGGACAGUGAGGUAUGCCACUAGCUGCAGAUAACAAAAGCAUGCAAGUCUGAGGUCUGUGUAACGUUUAUAGACUGGCCAAGCUUUCUGAUCAAUUAACAGAAUCUUAGCGAGCACCCUAACUAUCUGCGCUUGAGAGAGACUACCAGUGAACAAUGAACCAGAUGCACAUUUUUAUUAAAAAAUUAAAAACAUUCCUCCUUUCCUCAGCUCUGUGGAUGAUGACGUGGCAGAGAACAGGGCUGCUUUUCUGAGCUUUAAUUUAAAAAGCACUUUGUGUCUGAACUUGGGAAGUAAGAAUUACCGCAUAGAAUACACUCCUAACAAAACGUCUGCCAGGAAGUUUGCUCUGUGUCAGACACUUCCCAUAAAGGGAUUCACAGCAUCCUUGGUCCUCUGAUUUGGAAUGCUUGGAUAAUGUUUGUAGCAAUCAAACCUGCUCUCAAAAAUACUUUUUGUUUCUGUUAACUUGUUUUCCUGCGUGACUUAGGAAUAGUCGCAGUAAUAAAGCGCUGUCGUAUUAUCCCCAUUAGCACGAGGCUUUCUGUAUUUCUUUCCCCCGUGCUCCUGAUAAAUGACAAGGGUGACAACGAUUUCUC